UGACGCCGAAGAGCAGACGUAGCGACGCUUGUUGGAGUUUAGACAAGCGAAGGGGAGCAAAAUGGCGGACGAAGAUAUUACGCUUGAUGGAAAACCUCUACAAUCGCUCCGGGUUGCGGAUUUAAAAGCUGCUUUGGAGCAAAGAAACCUGCCCAAGAGCGGACAGAAAAAUGCGCUCAUUAAGCGACUGAAAGGGGCUCUGAUGCUCGAAAAUCUCCAGAAGUCGUCGUCUUCUCACUGUGGGCUGCAGCCCAACUCGCAGAUUGGUGAGGAGAUGAGCCAGAAUAGCUUCAUAAAACAGUACCUGGCUAAACAGCAGGAGCUCCUUCACGAGAGGCUGGAGAGAGAGGCCCAGCAGGACGAAGCAGUAGACGAAAGCUCAGCCGUGCAGGAGGAGGAUGAAGACCAUUCGGAGGACAAUGACAGCUCCUCCUAUGUCAGUGACAAGAAGAAUCACUCCAUACCCCCCAAGCCCUUAUUGCCCCGGGCAGAGGAGAGAGGAGGAGGAGAUGCAGGGAUGGUUCACGGGAUGAUGGCGUGCGGCCCCGACAUGGGCCCGGGUCCUACCCUCCCCCCGCAGGAGUUCCUCGAGGCUCCAGGAGCUAGGAUGCAACGAGCCACCUUUCACCAGGGACACAAGGAGCCCCCGGCUCCGUCUCCCCCCCGCGCCGUAGCCUCCCUGUCGGUGCGCGUCCUGGGCCAGCCCGACCGCCAGGGGCUGCCCCCCGCCGUGCCGCGCGCCCAGGAGAAGGAGGGCACCGCACCGAGCGAACCGGGAUCCGCGCACCCCGUCCUCCACCUCAGCCGAUCAGCUGGAGUCUCAGGGGGCAGUCAGGCUCGCGAGGACAGCGAUGAUGACGACAGUGAUGACGAGAGCGAGGAUGAUGAGGAUUGGGGGCCCGGUCCCGGCGGGGCGCGGAGGGGAAACAGAGCGCCGCCCCAGCCGCAGCAGAUGCCUCCCAGCUUCCCGUCAACAGUUGCCAGAUCCAAACGCAAGCUCCAGCCUCCCCAGCACAUCCCACCACCACAGGUACACCACACACCAAUGCAACUGCGCCACCCCACCCCUCCUCCCUCUCCCCCCCCUGACCUGUUUCCCCUACCUGACACUCCCAAACAGAGCCCACCAGACACAGAGGACCAGGAAGGAGAUAGGCCCGAGGCUUCACGUGGUCCCAGGGGGCCGUCUUUCCCACCUUCCUCCACCAUGCAGAGGCAAGACUCUGACUCGAGCUCUCGUUCCAGCAGUCCGGAGCCUUCUAUGAAGCGAAGGCCCGGGCCCCUCUCUCUGCUCGCACACAGGAUGGACUCUGAGGGGGCUUUCCGUGCAGCAGAGGCCACCUCCGCUGUGGAUCUGUCAGGAGAGGCGGCGGCACACUCCACUGCCGCGUUUGCCAGUUUUGGUGAUUCUCCGCUGAAAAGAUUGGAGAGAAAGAGGCUCCAAGAGAACAGAGACGUGGAGGAAGAAAGGCGCCUGAAGGAGGAGAAAGAGAGAGAACAACAGCAGAAGCAGGAGAGAGAAAGAAUGAAGAUACAAGAGCAGGAGAUAGAGAGGGGACGCCUGGAAGAGGAGGAGAAGCAGCGUGAAAAAGAGCAAAAGCGCCAGGAAGAGGAAAAGGAGAGGAAGCGCCAGGAAGAGGAGAAGAUAAGAGAGGAGAAACUGCAAAAGGAGAAGGAGAGGAAACACCAGGAAGAGGAGAAGAUACGAGAGGAGAAACUGCAAAAGGAGAAGGAGAGGAAACACCAGGAAGAGGAGAAGAUAAGAGAGGAGAAACUGAAAAAGGAGAAGGAGAGGAAACACCAGGAAGAGGAGAAGAUACGAGAGGAGAAACAGCAAAAGGAGAAGGAGAGGAAACACCAGGAAGAGGAGAAGAUACGAGAGGAGAAACAGCAAAAGGAGAAGGAGAGGAAACACCAGGAAGAGGAGAAGAUACGAGAGGAGAAGCUGCAAAAGGAGAAGGAGAGGAAACACCAGGAAGAGGAGAAGAUACGAGAGGAGAAGCUGCAAAAGGAGAAGGAGAGGAAACAGGAGACAGUCCACAAAGGCAGGGUGGCUGUGACUGAGGCCCAAGACUCAGGUUCCUCAUCAGACUCCGAAUCCUCUUCACACUCAUCACAAUCCUCCUCCUCCUCCUCCGGGGUUAAAACCGGCCCUGCCAGACAGCUGAAGAAGCCAAACCAAGGACAUAAAGCAGAGGAGGAGAAGAAGACUGACCUUAGUAAAGGGGCAGAGAAACAACACGUUUCAACAAGGGAGGUGUCGGAGCCCAGCGCGGCCGCCGUGACGGAGGUGCAGCCGGACCCCGAGAGCUCCAUGGCCCAGCAGCCGCCCUCCGGGGCCGAGGCGGAGAGCAGCGAGGGCCGCCUGGAGGAGGGCACCAAUCAGAAGGCCUUCGCUGCCCGUAAGAUAUCCCUGACCAGCAGCAAGACGUCUCCACCCGCCACAGAUGGAGGAGCAGGUGACUGUGAGUCGGGGACGGCAGCGGGGAGGAAGAGGCGAUGGGGCUCCAGCUCGGCCGUCACCACCAAGAAACCAUCCAUCAGCAUCACCACCGACUCUCUGAAGUCGUUGAUCCCUGACAUCAGAGUGAAGGAGGAGGCGGUGGUGGAGCUGCACCCAGAGGAGCUGCAGAUGUCCGGGGACGAGGAGAGCCCGGACCCCAGCGUUGGGGACCAGGACAAGGGCCUCAAGAUCAGGCGCACCGUCACACAGGUCGUCCCAGGAGACGCUCAGGAAAACGGACAGACAAACGAGGAGGAGGAGGUGGAGAAAACGGAGAAAGAGAAACGGCGCAGGACUUCCAGAGACAAAAGGAAUAACAGUGUUUCGGAGGAAGCCAUGGAAACCCAGAUAUCUGUCAAGAUUGAAGGAGACGAAAAGAAAGUGACCCCUAGCGACAGCCUGGUGCGUCGUUCCAUCAGUCAACAGAAGUCCGGCGUUUCCGUCACCAUUGACGACCCCGUCCGCACGACCAGGCAACCCUCACCGCCUCAGGGCAAAGUCUCAAAAAUCAUCCAUGUGACCAACCUGGUGCGACCCUUCACCCUGGGCCAACUCAAAGAGCUGCUGAACAGGACAGGCAGCGUGCUGGAAGACUGCUUCUGGAUCGACAAGAUCAAGUCUCACUGCUUCGUCACAUACGGUACCACAGAGGAGGCGGUCGCCACCAGAGCUGCCCUCCACGGGGUCAAAUGGCCUUCCAGCAAUCCCAAGGUCCUCAACGUCGACUUCUGUGAGCAGGAUGAGAUGGACAUUCACAAAGGCAUCCUGAAGCCAGAGAGGGAGAAGCCCCACGCUGUCGCACCCCAAAGUGCUCCCCCGAGCCGGCUGCCCCCCCUGAUGCCUGAGCGAGACCAUGAGCGGGAACAGAACCCAGAGUGGGACCGGGGCAUGGGGGGAGUACGGGAGCUGUGGGUGGAGCGGCAGAGAGAGAUGGAGCGCCGGGAACGAGCCCGUGGCGAACGGGAAUGGGACCGGGAUAAGGUCCGGGAGUUCGCCCGGCCGGGAGAGGACAGACCCCGCUCUCGAUCCAGAGAGAGGAGGAGGAGGGAGAGGGCCAAGAGCAAGGAGAGGAAGACGGAGAAGAAGGGAGACGAGCCUCCUGCAAAGCUGCUGGACGACUUGUUCCUGAAGACCAAAGCAGCGCCGUGUAUCUACUGGCUUCCCCUCUCUGAGGAGCAGGCGGCACACAGGACUCAGGAGCGCACCGAGCAGCAAAAGGAGCGCGUACAAAGGCGCAAGGAGCGGCAGGAGGAGCUGGAGAAGAAGGCGGAGGAGGAGAGGGAGCGGCUGAAGGAGCGGCUGAAGGCUCGGGAGAAAGAUCGCGGCGGUGCGGCGGCGGCGGUUGCGAGUGUCGGAGCGGCCGGGCGAGGAGCAGAGAGAGAGAGGGAGCGCGGCCGAGACAGGGAGCCCGACAGGAAGCGGGACGGCAGCAACCGACCCCCCCCACGACCCUCUGUAGGAGCCGGGGCAGGACGACGCUCCCGUAGCCGUAGCAACCCCAGGGAUAGACGCCGCUGAACGCAGAGCGGCUGCAGGGAGAGAUAAACAGAGAGGGAGAGGGACACGGCAGACAGGAAGGGGUUCCACUCGGAGAUUCAUCUGUCUAUUUUUCUAACGUUCAGGACUCGUGGCUGCUGCUCGCUACCCGCCCCGCCGAGCUUUAAUUUCUUCCACUUUGACGCCAGCGUUGUCUUCCACACACUUCUGCCAUUUCACCCUCCCUCCCCCCCCCACCGCUCACCACCACUUGGUCCACAGAAAAAUGUUUAGAUCGACGGUUAGUCUAGCUCUUAUUCUGUUCUCUCUGUCUUCCAGAAGCGACAGUCAGUAGAGAGCAGCGUUCCUCCUCUCCUGUGUGAACGGCUGUUGAAGAAAAAAUCAGAGAACGGGUUUCUUUUAUUUCUUUGGCUCGCCUCAGCGUUUUGUCCCACUGAGGUUUGGGAGCCCGCCUCUUUAUUUUAGGUCUGCGGGCGCACAGUUCCUUCCUCCUCAGAGCCCUGUAAUAAAACAAGUCCAAAAUAGAUUCCCGACCUUCAGAUAUUUUCUAGGAUCAGUUCUACUCUUCAGCACUGAGAUAUUCUCCUUUAUUUUUUUUAAGUAUACGACUAGGAUUUGUUUUGUUAAUGUUUUAGACAUCAUGUUAAUUUUUGUUCAGCCUUGGGACGGUUGUUGUGUUACCGCAGGUGAUGUUUGUUGUGUGAGUAAUAACCUUCAUCUCCCACGAAGAUGCGACUGAAGUCUCAACACUGUAACCUAGCAACGCGUGUGAUAGGAAGAGAUGUUAUUUGUUGUGGUGAUUCUGGAGGACGUGCCCCAGUUUGUCUUUAUUGGAUGUUUAUGCAGCCGAGAAGAGAAGAGUAUGAAAUAGUUGUCAAGAGGUUUAUUCUGUAAUAAUUACAGGAAGCUGAUUCCCUGCACUGAUGUCAGAAAAUCCCUCCUCUGACCAUUCAAUCAUAAAUAUAUUUAAAGAGGAGGUACACCUAGUUUUCCUUCUAAUAGAGUAAUGGUUACAAUUUUAAUAUUUUUAAUUUUAUGUUUUUAGUUCUGAAUGGUAAGAUUUUGUUGCUUUUUUCCCCUUCCUUGCAAGUACUGAAUGUACUGAGAAUUAAAAAAAUAAUAAAUUUAAAUUGUUUUUCA